CUACAUACGUAUGCUACGAGGCAUACGGCCGAUUAGUCUUCUGCGAAGCGGGUUACCGGUUGCGAAACUGUUGCGACAGAAAAAAAUUAACGCUUCCACAAUACGCUUAUUUAGCAAUAUGGAAUCUAUACCAGUAGGACCCGUACCCGUGCAGAGGAAGUGUCCUUGUUGCGGUAACUCAAUCGUUUCAAGAAUCGAACACAAACCCUCGGCUAAAACACAUUUGAUCGCUGUGAUCCUUUUCGUAUCAUUAUGCUUGCCGUGUGUAUUCCUGCCUUAUUGCACAGAUACAUGCAAGAACGUUGAUCAUUACUGUCCCAAUUGCAACGGUUACCUUGGGACUUAUAAGCAUUGAUAAUUCACGUUGUUAUUUAAAUAACAUUAGUAGUUAGGUCUUUUAAUAUAAAGGUUACAAGUUACAACAAGAUCAAUAGGUUUUUGACAUUUUAUUGUAAUUUAUAAAAGUGUUUAACAAAUCUACAGUCUUAUAUGUAACCGUUCACAAUUUAUCUUAAUGGGUUUAUAUUGUAAAUCAAGUUAUCAAGGUAAUUCCUUCUAACAUCUAAUAAAGUUUAUUAAAAAUGUU